UAUAUUUUAGUAUAUAUGUUCCUCUUUGAAGUUCUUGUGUUUUUCUCCAUUCCUGUUCUGCUCACAGCUGCGGUUGUUUAUUUGUCUCGCGAGAGUUGGCAACAGUGCUGCUCCCGUUUCCUGGCGGAGAAGAUGGCGGCUCCUGGUCCAGGGGAGUAUUUCAGCGUCGGGAGCCGUGUCUCCUGCAUCACCUGCCUGGGCCAGCGCCUACAGGGAGAGGUCGUCGCUUUUGACUACCCUUCCAAGAUGCUGACUUUGAAAUGUGCCCCGUCCAGCGGUAAACCCAAUCUCAGCGACGUGGUGCUUGUUAACUUGGCCUACGUGUCUGAUGUGGACGUCAUCAGUGACCGUGCUGAAACUCCUCCCCCUUUAGCAGCUCUCAAUUUUAACAAGCUUGUGAAUAGAGCACGGGCGGAAAAGGAAGAGAAGUUGUUGCAAGCUUAUGCAGUUAGUGCUGGGGUAUCUGUAGAGGGCCAACAGCUGUUCCAGGCCAUUCAUAAAACCAUCAAAGACUGCAAAUGGCAAGAGAAAAACAUCAUGGUGAUGGAUGAUGUGGUCAUCAGUCCGCCGUACCAAGUGGACAACUGUAAAGGCAAAGAGGGCAGCGCUUUAAGCCACGUGCGGAAAAUAGUCGAGAAACAUUUUCGAGAUCUGGAGAGCCAGAAAUCAGUGCAGCAUUCACAGCAAGCUCAACAAACACAGAAAGACUCUGCUUUAUCAUCAUGAGCCCAGGCUCAGAAAGAGGAAACAUUAUGCUGACAAAGGAAGUGUUGUUUGGUUUAAAUUAAUAUUUUCUGAUGCUUUUUCUUUUUUUUGUUCUAACCAGUCACCAUAUAAAGGUUGAGAUAGCUGAUACUCAGCAUUUUGAGCAGGGAUGAUGGUCCUACAUAUCUGAAGAGAAAAACUGCUUCCACUGACAAAAGAGAGGGCAAAAAUAGAGUGCCGUCUUAGGAAAUCAUUUCAUAUAGAAAACGUUUGACUUCCCUUCCAACGUCACUCCCCCGAAUCCCAUUCUGUUUUUUUCCUCCUGUCAUCAAAUAACACACUUGUUCAUUUCAUCUUGCUUGGAUAGCAACAAAGAAAUCACAUGUUCUCCUCCAAUCCAUGAUCUUCCUUUCUACCACUACAAAAUGUGGCACUAAGUGUGUGAGGGUAGAACAAAAACUAUUUUCCUAACUUCUAAAGCCUUUCAGAUUGGAUAAAUGCAGUUUGACUUCCUUAGCGCUCAUGCAGGGUUUAGUUUUUAGUUUUAGAUUUAGAUUGACUGAGAGCUGAAGGUGGAGUAAGGGGAAAUUGAAUUGCACUUAGCAUCUACCCAACAUCUCAUUUUCCAAAACACUAUAUAUAUAUAUAUAUAUAUAUAUAUAUAAAAUCCUCAAUUUUUGUUUACUUGCAAAUGUCACUUUUAAGUGACAGACGAAGGAGUAACACUCUUGAGUACUGGAAGCAUCCUUUCAGUUUAUGUGUAAUAUAUGAUGUUGUGAUUUUCUUCCAUAUUGGUCCUGUACUUGCCAUUUUGAAUGCCUCUUCCAUAGUGGGACCAUUUUCUAUGAUGCAAUGUUUGUAGUAUUGUUAUUCUAUCCGAACACAUCCAAACUGAUAGGGGGUACAUGCAGUGACCAAUGAGAGACUUGGAUUUCUUUGUUAUUCCAGCUUAGACGUGUGUCAGGAUUAGACGGCUCGUAUCUCGCUCAACUCUCACGACAGGACUGAUCUCUUUUCUGAACGGGAAUAUUUGUAAUCACUUUUUUGGGAAAAGGAAAUGUUAAAGUAAUAUCUUGCCAUGUUAAGAGACUGGGACAGGGGGGACGGGCAGCACCGGCUCGAAGCCGAAAUCCUCCCCGUCCCAGCCUCGUGAACCUUGUAGCCUGAUGGAGGCUCUAGCAGUGGCGCCAAGCUGUGACAGGCAUCCACGUUACAUACCAGUUUAUAUCGCUGUGUGUUAACGGGGUUGCUGUUUGCCUAAAGGUUUCUUUUGCAGUAUUUUAUUUUUUAUUUUUAAAAAUAGUAAUGAACAAAUAAAAAAAGAGAAAAAUCUCA